UCCUUCAAUCUUUCCAUCACCUCUCAAAACCAAAUGGCUUCCACCAUGGCCCUCUCCUCCCCUUCCCUGGUUGGAAAGGCAGUGAAGGUUGCCCCAGCAGCCUCCGAGAUCUUUGGCGAGGGCCGGAUUUCCAUGCGCAAGACUGGUGGCAGGCCCAGGCCCGUUUCUGGCAGCCCGUGGUACGGUCCUGACCGUGUCAAGUACCUCGGUCCUUUCUCCGGUGAACCACCAUCUUACCUCACCGGUGAAUUCCCCGGUGACUACGGCUGGGACACUGCCGGUCUCUCCGCAGACCCAGAGACCUUUGCCAAGAACCGUGAGCUCGAGGUUAUCCAUUGCCGCUGGGCCAUGCUGGGCGCCCUCGGCUGCGUCUUCCCUGAGCUGCUGUCACGCAAUGGUGUGAAGUUCGGUGAGGCAGUGUGGUUCAAAGCCGGUUCACAGAUCUUCAGCGAGGGUGGUUUGGACUACCUGGGCAAUCCCAGCCUGGUGCACGCUCAGAGCAUUCUUGCCAUCUGGGCUUGCCAGGUUAUUCUCAUGGGUGCCGUCGAGGGAUACCGCAUUGCUGGUGGCCCUCUCGGAGAGAUCACUGACCCUCUAUACCCAGGAGGCAGCUUUGACCCACUGGGUCUUGCUGAUGACCCAGAAGCAUUCGCGGAGCUGAAGGUGAAGGAGAUCAAGAACGGUAGAUUGGCCAUGUUCUCAAUGUUUGGAUUCUUUGUUCAGGCCAUUGUGACAGGAAAGGGUCCAUUGGAGAACUUGGCUGAUCAUCUUGCUGACCCAGUUAACAACAAUGCUUGGGCUUAUGCCACCAACUUUGUUCCUGGCAAGUGAUGAGGGUGUGCUUUUGCAUUGUAAAUUAUUUGUUAGUGUGUGAGAUUUGUACCAUUACUUGGAUUAUUAUUA